AUGAUGAUACGAUGUCAUAGAAAUCCUAAUUUACUACUACAUAGCAAUAAAUUCAUAAACUCCAAAUUAUUAACAACUCGAUUUUUUGCAACAAACCCAUUCCCCAUCAAUCAAAAACAACCAAACAAAGAUGAAAAACCAAAACCAGAACCUAAAACGAAAUUUGGUAAAUUAGUACAAUAUACUCAAUCAAAAUAUUUUCAAGAUAAAACAAUGCCCAAGAUUUAUAUAAGUGCAUUAAUAGUUUCAUUAAUUCCACUUUAUUUUUACAUGAGAGAUAGGUUUCAUGAAGAUAAACAAUUAAAAAUUAUUAAUGAUAAAUAUUCAAAAGAUCCUUCAUCAUUAUCUGAAUAUGAAUAUUUAGCUUUAAAAUCAUUAAGUAAUUCAGAUAAAUUAAGACCAUUAGAAGCUAAAAAAUAUAAGAUAUAUCAAUUAAUGAGAAAAGAAUUUAGAAGAAAAAAUUUCUUUAAUGGUGAAUAUUUUAAUCCAACACCUGAAGAAUUAGAAGAAUGGUAUCUGAAACAAGUUAGAGUUGGUAAAACUAUUAAAAGAGCUCCUGUUUUAAAAGAUGUUGAUGAUGAAUAUAAAGUUAAUAGAGAAAAUUCAUCAAUUGCUCAAGCUGAAGAUACUACUGAUUUUUAUGAUGCAAAAGCUAAAGAAUAUGAUGAUGCGGUGAAAUGGGAAGAAAGAGGAAUAUUUAUGGGUUUGAAAAGAAGAUGGUUAAUGUCAAAUAUUAGAGGUGAUGUCUUAGAAGUUUCAUGUGGUACUGGUAGAAAUAUUCCUUAUUUAUCAUCUUUCAUUAAUCAAAUAAAAUCAAUAACUUUUUUAGAUUCAUCACAUAAUAUGGUUGAAAUAACAAAAGAAAAAUUUAAUUCUAAAUUUCCAAAUUUUAAAAAUGUUGCAUUUACAAAAGGUAAAGCAGAAGAUUUAUUAAAAAUGAUUGGAGAUAAUAAUAAUUUAAAAUAUGAUACAAUAAUUGAAGCAUUUGGAUUAUGUUGUCAUGAAGAUCCUGUUAAAGUUCUUAAAAAUAUGUCAAAAUUAUUAAAACCAAACGGUAGAAUAAUUUUAUUAGAACAUGGAAGAUCAAAAUGGGAUUUUAUAAAUAAUCAUUUAGAUUUUAGAUCUGAAAAAAGAAUGAAAACUUGGAAAUGUAGAUGGAAUUUAGAUAUUGGAGAAUUAGUUGAUGAAGCUGGAUUAGAUAUAACAUUAGAAAGAAGAGCUCAUUUAAGUACUACUUGGAUGUUAGUUUUAAAAAGACCUGAGGAUCCUAUUACAGCUGAUGAAAAACCAUUUUUGGAUAAAUUAUUUGGUAGAGAUGUUAAAACUAUAAGUAAAUAG